GUAGCACUUUCUGAUUUUCUUUCUGACUACGUAAAAAAGAGAGCAAGGAAGUAGAAUUGUGAAACUUCGCGUCCACCAGGUUUGAAACUUUGACAGCAGAGGAAUUACGCACGACCAUGUCCGUCACGUCUGUGGGUCAGGAGCAUCCGGUUCUCGGCCGCGAUGUUUCCUCUGCAGUUCUGCUGGACAAGAAGCAGUUGAUGGAGAAGGGUGUGGAGAGCAUCGCAGAAAAACAAUUUCUGUUGAUCAAGCAGAACUUUGGCGACGAGCCGAUUCGUGUCCGCAAGAUGCUGCGGAAGUGCUUUUUGUGCAACAUGAAAUGGAUGUGCGAGAUGCUGUACAACGAGGGCGAUAUUUUCGCCCUGGGAGUUUUAAGCAGACGAAAACUUUCUUUCUCGCAGACCAGGACAGCUUUUGCCUACUAGUACCCGCAACGUACGAUUGUACUGAUUCGUGAUGACCAAGGAAAAAAAAAUAGGUUCUGCUAUUGUAUAGGUAGAUCAACUCGCUUCACGUUUUUUGUGUAUACCUCUCCCUAGACGGUCGACCAGCAACUCUUGCGAAGGCUGAACUAGCAAUCAUGAUUUCUCUGCGAGGGGGCACGUUUUCGCUCUGAUACCUUGGCAAGCAACCUGCUUCUCUGUUUUUGCCGUCCUUGAACGUGUACACCGUGGUAUCGAGAUGGAAAAAAUUUGUCGGGUUCUUGCAGCUGAUGUCAACAUUGUUGUUCAUUGAAAAAUUUGGAUGUGCUGUUUGUUGAGCAGGAAAAGAACAACCAUGCUGAUAUCAGGUGUGAAGAUAAGCUUCUUUUUUACUUUGCAUAACAAUCUUCGGACCCGCUGCUGCGGGAAUUACUUUUCAUCACCCGCCUUGCGGAAGGCAUGAAGGUCGACUGGCACUGGAUUGCCGAAAAAAUUUAUCACACUGCAAACGUGCAAUUUUCAGCCUUACCAGUAGUUCCUGAACGUAAGAACCUUGUGCAUAUUAUUCGCAAGGAGCGAGCAAUACAGUAUGAGCUAUAGUGAAAAGCAAGAACACUAGCGAACUUUCUUCAAUUGGCACGGCGUAUAGACGGCUGUGCUUAUGCAUUGACUCCUGGUUGAGUAGUCUACCAGUGGUGUGAUGCAUAUGGCGCAGAAUGAAAUUUCAGUGUGAUAACCUGAUGAGUUUGAUUCACCGGUUCGCGUACGAAGCCACGCACCCCAUGGGAAACCGGUUGGUGAAGAGGAUUGUCGAGACGGCUGUGUACGCCUCUGUUGCCGCUUACAUUGAGCAAACAUUUUUCUAAUUCAGCUGCAAAAAGUUUCUUCAAUGAAUCCAUCCACCAUGGAUUUCGUGGUAAAUUCUAGAGGUUUCCUAUUGACGGGUCGGAACACAUCAACUUCAGACACAACUACUUCCUCGGAUAUCAGAAAGUAUCAGCUCCAACGACAAGAGAAAUCAGAUUUGAUUUUUGUACAUAAAUAUUUUUGUUUGCUUUUCAUCUUUUUGUUCAACUCACUCUCAGCGAUAGACCAGUUUCACGUUUAAGCGUUUUUUACAGGAGAAUUCAAUUGAUUUACAACAAUUUUACAGGAUGUUUCACACAAAUGAUAAAGAAGUUUUUGUUCAGGAUCGAAAAGCAGCACGCAGCUUAAGAACAUCAUCUUCAAAUAAAAAACUGUACAAUAAUGAUAAACUUGUGCUGCUGCUUGAAAGUGUACUCAAGAAAAAGAAGGUGGUAUACCCCAAGGUCAGUAGUCUUAGUCACGCUUUUGGCCGCCAUGGUUUUGUUC